AUGGUAGAGUACGGGAAGUGGCUCGGGAUGGAGCUCCCCGACGACAUGCCCCUUUUGUGGAUAGCACGCGAGGGUCUCAAGGCUCCACUUCCGGACCACUGGAAGGCAUGCAAGAGCGAAAAGGGUGAGUUGUACUACUUCAACUUCAAGACCGGGCAGAGUAUUUGGGAUCACCCUUCCGACGAACACUACCGUGAGCUCCUCAAAACGGAGAAAGCAAAGCUGCACGUGAAGAAAAAUGGGAAGGGUGAUAAAGAAGUUACUCCUGGUGGCUCGUCCAAACAUCUGCACGCGCAUAGCGGUAAGUCUACCAAGAAGGGACGAUCAAAGAUCAGCGAGACCGAGGAACAGGAGACAAACUCAAGAGCUCAGGAGGCAGCCAGGAAGAUCAACAGCGUCAAGGACCUGGAGCCAAUACAGCAGAAGAAAGAGCUGCCCGAAUCUCUGAAGAUCGCCGCGAUGCUGAGCGAUGGAGGGAGGGACGACAAGGGAAAUACUGCAUCGGCACGCAUGGGUUCCCUCGAGUUUCAAUCUACCGCUUCUCGCAGCGGCUCUUCUCUUGCGUUGGAUGCCACCAAAGCACCCAAGAUCGAUGAGCCCGAUACCAUACUUCUUCCGUCAAAGGUAGUGGCUGGUGGUGGUGUGAACGGAUUGAGGGCUCUAGACAAGCUUAGCACACCUUCGCCAGAGAAAGCUGUGACUCCUAGCUCGAAGAAUCAGAAGGCCAAGGUGGAUCAGGAGGUGAGCAAGGAGCUGGAGGAAUAUAGAGCACGGCAGCAGAACAAUCUCAGACGUCAGGAGGAGGCGAUCGAUGCAGGGGUAGCAGAGGAGCUCAGAAGUUAUCAGGAAGAAGCAAACGCCAAAAAACAAAAACGCCGAGCGGCGGUCGACAAGGAGAUGGAGGAUGCGAUGAAUAGCGAGUCGGCCAAGCUUAGAGCCGAGCUAGAGAGCAAGCUCGCUGCACUGCGGCAGGAUUAUGAGGCGAAGCGCACCGCUGAAAGCGAGCGCCUGCGCAACAAGUUGAAAGCACAACUCGAUCACGAUAAGCGAAAAGUCGAAGCGGAAGUUGCACAGAUGUUAGAAGUCUUUACGCGCGAAAAGCGACAGGAGUCGGAGAUCCAAAAAGAGGCUCAAUCUCAGGCGUUCCAGGAAGCUAUGAAAAGCGUGGCGGAUGUGAAGCAGUUCUCAUUAGCUUUCUUGCACGAGUAUAAAACUGCACUCGCCGCCUUCGCGAAGGGUGUAGAAGAGUCGCAGUGCGUCCUCGAGCAGAUUGGAGCUCAAAGGCAGAGGCAAAUGCAGGAGGAAAUGGACUCAAAACUAGCUCAGAUGCGCGAGGAGCAUGACCGGCAAGUUCAGCAAGAGCAAGAUCGUGCGAGCAAGCGACUCGAGACGCUUCGGAAAGAUAUUGAGCGCGAGGCAGAGGAGCUCAAGCAAGUGCAGCAGCAGCAGCUUCAAAGACUGCACGACGAAUUCAAGGAACAGCGGAGUGCCCAUCAAAAAGAACAAUUUUCGCAAGAGCACGAGCACUUUAUGGAGGCGCUGGCGGAAAUCAGGGCUUCCCAAGCAAAGGAGCUCGAGACCCUGAAGCAGCAACUGAAGGAGAAGGCCCAAGAGGAGUUGAAUGCUAUCAUGCAGGAACUGGUGAAGGAAAAGGAGUUGCGGCGAGACAGUCUGAGCGUCGUACGACUUGCUGAAUCGCGUGAACCAACUCCUCGCUUGUUGGAGAGUCGAUCUGUGAGUGCUACAGAUGACGAUGGCGACAUAGGAAAGGGAAAGGGGUCUCCCCCACAUCUGGAUAGAAAGUUGCUCACACGUACCUCAGUCGAGGAGAGUGUUGCUGGGGCAGCCCCUGUUGCGUCUCCGCAGCCGGACAUCAAAGCUCUUGUCACAGAAGCACUUCGUGAGGUCUUUGCCGGAUCACCAUUCAUCCUUUCAUCUCCGGCGCAAACGGGAGAGGCUCGAACGUCUCCAGGGACACCUGCCGCUGCAGCAUCCAUAAUCGUCACACCUUCAAGAAGCGAGCAGGACUUCCACUCCUCGAACCCCACGGCGAGCCUGAUGGCGCCUGUCCUGAGCGGAAACCCGAUCAAGACAUCUGGUGGGUUUAAGCUACCCCUUUCUUUCGAGGAGCAGCGCAGUUUAGUUGAGGGCGAACGAAGUCGCUUGCAAGAGGGUCGCAAGUAUGUAGAGUUACAACAGCAGAACCUCGAAGAGCGGAAGCAGCAGCUGAGGCGUACGCGGCACCAAUGGAAGCAAGAUGUUCUUGCCGCCAAACGGGAAGGUGUUCGCUCAUCAUCGAAUCGUGGGCAACUCCUCAACAAGGUUCGCCUUACAUUGGAAGAGCAAGCGCACGGUUUGGAGCAUGACAUGAUGAUCCUCCGUGACUCUCAGGUGUGGCUCUUGUCGAAAGAGCAGCGCCUGAUGAUUUUGGAGAGGCAGAUCGAGGAGCAGGAGCGGCUAAGGGGUCAUAACGGCGGUGAGGCCUCAGCGCUGAACAACUGCAGCGUCGACACUGCGGCGCUCAUGACUGGGUUCUUCAAACCUCCGCGGUACAGCAUUGCGGGCCCCGACACAGCCUUCCACCGUGAUGUGAUGGGGUACAAUGGCCUUGGGAGUGGCAGCACCCUUUCCAUGGGGAAUUAUCCAGCGAGCCCGAUUCUCUCAAAGGCGCUGAGUCGCAUCGAACGGCGCUUGGAUGAGGUAACAUCUAUUAUACACAUGCAACACCAGCAGGCUGCUUCGCAGACCAUGACUCCGUUUCAUGGACACGGCAGCAGCCGCCGGCACAGCACUGUGUCGCUAGGUGUCCGUGAGGCUGUGCCGGGGCGCGUACGGCGCACGUCGCACAGCCACUCCAAGUCUGAUGCCCUGCGGCGCGACACGCAUCUGGAUCAGUGGCAAGCCCCAGGGAUGUAA